AUGAAGUCAACGACAUAUUCCCAGUCAUAUUCUUACAAUGUCGAUGUGAUUAUCACUGUCGAUAUCGACACUAAUACCGUCAAUGUCAUUGUCGAUGUCGAUAUCCACACCGAGGCCAAUCUCAAUGCCAAUUUCAAUUUUAAUUUCAAUGUCAAUGUCAAUGCCAACGUCAAUGCCGACAUGAUAUCGAAUGCUACUCAGGACAGGCAGGACAGUAGGAAAUGGCUUCACGACGCGACAUACCUAGAUAAACCUCCCCAUCAACGGUAA